AUGAGUGGCCAUCAAGAACAUAUAGUAAUCCUUCCAUUUCUAGCACUUGGCCAUAUGAUACCUUUCAUAGCCUUAGCCAAAAAAAUCCAACAAAGAACUAACUACAAAAUCACUAUUGUUAGUACCCCUUUAAAUGUCAAAUAUCAAGAUUCAACUAAUUCAAAUAACAUUUCAUUAGUUUCACUUCCUUAUAAUAGUAGUGAACAUGGUUUACCACCAAAUACAGAGAACACAGAGGCCUUACCAUUAGAACAAAUGGUAACAAUUUUCAACUCAACAUUAUCUCUUAAAGAGCCACUCAAAAAAUUGAUUCUUGAAAUUAUUGAAACAGAUGGUAAGCCCCCACUUUGUAUAGUUUCUGAUACAUUUAUGGGAUUUGCUAGUGAAGUUGCAAGAUCUUGUGGAACUUUUAAUGUGAGUUUUACUACUGCUGGUGCUUAUGGAACUGCAGCUUAUGUGUCACUAUGGUUAAAUCUUCCUCAUUUGUUAGCUAUUGAUGGGGUUUUCAAAAUGCCUGGUUUUGAUGAUUCUUGUUGUUUUUUCUCUGUUGAUCAACUUCAUCCAUUUAUGAAAUUAGCUAAUGGGGAUGACCCUUGGUCUAAAGUGUUCAAAUCUUUGUUAUUACCUUCUUUUGAUUCUUUAGGGUUUUUGUGUAAUAGUGUUGAGGAUAUUGAACCUAUGGGGGUUAAGGCUGUCAAGAAUCUUACUAAACUUCCUGUUUGGUGUAUUGGACCUUUGCUUCCUCAAUGUACGCUCAAGAAAAGUGAAAAAGAUUCAAUCUUUGAAUCAAAAAGUGGUAAAGAACAUGGAUUGUCACCAGAAGAAUGUAUUUCUUGGUUGAAUGAACAUCCUGAAAGAUCUGUUCUUUACAUAUCUUUUGGUUCACAAAACACAAUUAGUACAUCACAAAUGAUGGCAUUGGCUAUGGGGUUGGAAGAAAGUGAAAGGCCAUUUAUUUGGGUGGUUAGGCCACCUAUUGGUUUUGACAUAAAAGGUGAGUUUAGAUCUGAAUGGUUACCAAAAGGGUUUCAAGAAAGAGUGUCAAAGAGUCAAAAAGGUCUACUAGUGAAAUCUUGGGCACCCCAAUUGCAAAUCUUGAGUCAUAGUUCAACGGGUGCGUUCUUG